AUGCUUGUCGGUACUGCAGGAGCAAGCAUUAAUGAAGAAGUUCCUACUGCAAUAAUUGCAUCUCUGGUGAAGGAUGUUGUUGAUGGUAUCGAGUUUGCGAGGGGAGGGGCCAACACUACAUGGGGUUCAGUUCGUGCGGCAAUGGGACAUCCACAACCCUUUAAGCUUGAUUAUGUUUCAAUAGGGAAUCAAGAAUGUUGGAUGCUCUACUACAGAGGCAAUUACCAAAAGUUCUAUUCUGCGAUUAAAGCUGCUUACCCAGACAUCAACAUUAUAUCAAGCUGUGAUAAGUCAACUAUUUCAGCAUCCAACCCUGCCGAUCUAUAUGAUGUUCAUGUCUAUGCAUCUUCUGCUAAUAUGUUUUCGAGAACUAGUAUGUUUGACAACACACCACGCAGCGGACCAAAGGCAAUCGUUAGUGAGUACGCCGUGACUGGAAACGACGCUGGCAAAGGAACACUGGUAGCAGCACUUGCAGAAGCUGCAUUUCUCGUUGGAUUAGAGAAGAACAGUGAUGUGGUUGAGAUGGCAAGCUGCGCACCACUUUUCGUAAACGACAACGAUCGCAGGUGGAGCCCAGAUGCCAUUGUGUUCAACUCAUGGCAGCACUACGGAUGCCCAAACUACUGGAUGCUACACUUCUUCAAGGACUCGAGCGGCGCCACCUUUCACCCCACAGCCAUGCAGGUCUCCAACUACGAUCAGAUGGUUGCAUCUGCCAUCACCUGGCAGAGCCCUAAAGACAAGAGCACUUACCUGAAAAUAAAGGUCGUAAACUUCGGCAGCAAAGCCAUGGAUCUCAACAUAACAGUGACGGGUCUGGAGAGCGGCAUCAAGAGCUCCGGCUCGAAGAAGACGGUGCUGACAUCCGCCGCGGCGCUCGACGAGAACUCCUUCGAGCAGCCAGAAAAGGUGGCGCCGGUGUCGAGCCCGGUGGCCGACGCCAAGCAGCAAAUGGGCGUGUCAGUGAGCCCUUACUCCCUCACAUCGUUCGAUCUCCUGCUGGAGCCCAGCAAACACUCAAUCAUAUGA